AUGCUGGAGAAACCUGUUCUUUAUAUGGUGUGCACUCAUAAGGUGCUCGUUGAUGAGACGUUUGGAACAGUGGUUGAAACAAAGGGGUUGAAACAAAGGGUGCAGACAUUUAGUUUGGUCUCUUUGACUUCAGGAAUUUCUGUAUCACCUAUGGGUAUAACGCGUUUUCUCAAGUAG